AAACAAACAAAAAAAAUAAAAUAAAGAGUUGCUGCUGUUCCGAUUCAUUCAUCAUCAUCUCUUUGUUUCUUCUCCUCAAUCCUUCCAAAUUUUUCAUAAAUUCAGAUUGCGAAUUUGUUUUUUUUUUCUUGAAUCAAAUCUGUUUCUAUAGAUGAUUUCGAAAGAUCAUCUUCAUCAGGAUCCUUUUGUCACCACUACCACCACCAAAUCGUACCACAUGAAUACCUCCUCCGUAUCGCCGCCGCCGUCUUCGGCAUCGUCGAUUGCGUUAUCGCAAUCUUCUUGGCUUGAGGUUCGUUUGUUCUACGUCCGCAUCGCUCCCUGUGUUGUUCAGAACGUCCCUGACUUCCUCACCCUCCGUCACCCUCCCCGUGAAACCGGCGCCUCCCUUGAGGUUAACGGCGUUAGGGUUCCUUCUUCCGAGACGGCGUCUCUUAAACUCCGCCGUGAUAGAGUCGACCGUGAAACCUCUGAGGUGACUUACGUUAGCACUGAGACCGUGCGCGUUACCGGAUGCGUUGAUGUCGAGGUUUACGAUAACGACGAUAUGGUCUUGUGUGGGAACCUUGAUAGAAUCGAAGGCGUGUGGAACAACGGAACUGUGAGUGAUCCCAAGACUGGAUGGGGUAUGGAUUGUUACAUAGCUAUGGGCAACGGACACGGCUCGGGUCUUUCUUCUUCCUCUGCGUUUUUUCAGCCAAAGCGUGGUGCUUCGUCUCCGUCGGUGGAGGUUUAUAUAGCUGGUUGCUGUGGCGGUGUUCCGGUUAUUUUGACCAAGACGAUUCAGGCUAGUCCCAGGAGGAAGGUGGCUAGACACGUCACCCUCGAGGCUAUCCCUGAGGAUGAGGAAGUUGGCAAAGAGCAAGACAUUGCUGCCAUUGGUACUGAUUUGGCCCGGCAAAGAAAAGUACAGAUGAUGGAAUCAGAAGCUGAUGAUUACGAUGAGUCUGAAAUGAAAAUGGCACAGAGAUACUACCCAGAAGGGAUGUAUGUUGACGAGGAUGGUCAACUCUCAUGGUUUAAUGCAGGUGUCAGAGUUGGAGUUGGGAUAGGCCUUGGGAUGUGCCUUGGUGUAGGCAUUGGAGUUGGAUUACUCAUGCGUUCGUAUCAAGCAACAACGAGUAAUCUUCGUAGGAGGUUUCUCUGAUCAUCAUCACCUACCACCAUCAACUAAAAACACCCCACUUAGACAUGUGUGGAGAUCCUAAGAAGAAUCAUGACAUAGUAAAGAUAGAAUUUUGGUAGAUAGAUGUAUAGAGCUUUUGGUUUUCAGCGGUUUGUUUCCUCUCUUUUGUGUAUAUAUAAUCGGCUCUGUUCAUAUACUUUUAGUAGCACAAGAGAGAGUUCCCAUCUUCCCUUAGUCAUGUGUUUUUUUCUUUUUUCUUUCUCAAGUCUGUGUCUAUGUCGUUGCUCUUGUGUAGAAAGAGAUUUCGUGUUCUUGUUGUUGUUAACUCUGGAGUUUGUCCUUUGGUGUGGCAUAGGGAGUGUACAUGUUUCACCUGUAAUUUGGGUUUGCGUUUUGCCAGUAAACGGCAUCAUAAUUAAAUAAAAAAUAAAAAAUGUACA